CUUGAGCGAAAAUUAGCUGGUGACCCUGAACUUCGCGACAAAUACAUCACGUUUAUGCAAGAGUACAUAGCACUCGGUCAUAUGAAUCCCGUGGAAGACGAUUGCUUCGACCCGACGCAAUGCUAUUACAUACCCCAUCAUGCGGUGACAGGGAAAUUUCAUGUGGUAUUCAACGCGUCCUGCAAAACCACGAGUGGAGUGUCAUUGAACGACACUCAGUUUUCGGGACCACAGCUGCAAGACAAUUGGAUUGAUAUUCUUCAUCGGUUUCGACGUUAUCGAAUAGCUAUAACAGCCGAUGUCAGGAAGAUGUUUCGACAGGUUGAGAUCAACCCCUUGCAUCGUAAAUGGCAACGCAUCUUGUGGCGGGAGUCACCAGUCGAACCACUACGUAGCUUCGAGUUGGCAACAGUAACGUAUGGAAUGACAAGCAGUCCAUACAAUGCGAUCCGCUCCUUACGCCAAUGUGCUGUAGAUAACUACAACAUUGUGGGGGACGAAAACCGGGCUUCUAGGGCAAGAAACAGUAUCCUUGAUGGAUUUUACGUCGACGACUAUUUGGAAAGUUUUGACUCUCUGUUGGAAGCUGUUAGUUGUGCUCAUGAUGUCAAUACGAUCCUUCGUCAAGGUCACUUCAUUCUUGACAAAUGGAAUUCGAACUGCGCCAGAGCACUUCAUGCUAUCACCGAUCCAGGGAAAUCGGAGGUAGAAAUUGAAUUAUGCGAUUCCAACGCCACUGUGUUAGGCUUACAUUGGAAUCCGUUGAGCGAUGAGCUGUUUUUUAAGGUGAGAAUUGAGGACUCACAUACACUACCAACAAAGCGUAGUAUCUUAAGUGACGUUGCAAGGCUGUAUGACCCGAUUGGUAUACUAGCGCCAGCUGUAGUUCUGGCCAAAAUGUUCAUUCGAACCCUGUGGAGGAAGGAUCUUAACUGGGACACUCCACUACCUGUGGAAUUACAAGACCAGUGGCUCGAAUUUCGAAAUGGUCUUGAAGAACUAGCGCGAAUCCGUGUACCGCGUUGGUUAGGGAUGUCACCUCAUGCAUUUUGUGCACUUCAUGGCUUCUGUGACGCUAGUUCGAAGGCGUAUGCUGCGUUCGUCGGUAAUCGAGUUGCAUACAUCCAGGCCCACACCAAAGUAGAAUGUUGGCGACACAUUCGCUCCGAGUAUAAUCCGGCCGAUUGUGCAAAUCGAGGAAUUACGCCUGCAAGCCUUCUGCAUCAUCCGCUAUGGUGGACAGGUCCACCUUCUCGUUAUAUAUGCAUCGAAAACGAUCCAGUUGUGCCAGAACUAACGGAGGAGCAACUCCAGGCACAGACCCUAGAAUGUCAACCUUUUCGUACUCUUAUAACCACUCGCCAGGAUGAUCACCAAUGUCUUAUGACUUCCUCGAAUGGUCACCGAAUCCCUCUCAUUGAGAAAUUUAGCAUACUUAGUCGUGUUCUCAAUACAACAGCGCGAUUAAGACGUUUUCUGCCACGUUACAAGGGUCAGAGGUCGAAUAUUGUGACAGCAGAAGAAUACGAAUGGGCUCUGCUUCUAACUGUUAAACAAGCUCAAGGUAAGGCAUAUAGACGAGAAAUUAAUGCUCUGAAAUCGAAUUCCAGGUUAGACAGUCGAAGCCACCUAUUAGCCCUAAAUCCAUAUGUGGAUCUUGAAAGCAUUUUGCGAGUCGGCGGGCGUCUCCGAAAUGCAGAAAUAUCUAAUACGAUGUCUUCAUGGUGGCAUCCAGCAAAUGUUACAGUACCUGCGACGACGGUUUUGGAUAAUUCACGCGCGCUCGCAAGUGAAGGCGUACAUAUGGAAAUGUACCGUGUGUCGGAGACAUCAACGUAUUCUCCAGAAUCAACAAAUGGCUUCGUUACCCCGUGA